GCACCCUCCAUUAAAAAUGUUAAUCUCAACUUCAUCAUCAUCAAACUCCACAAAAGAUAAAAUCUUUUUGUACUGUGAACUGAUAACAAAAGUAUUUGGUUUUGGUUGGUCCAUUAUAAGUUAGUGACAAAGUCACUUGUAGCCCAUUAUUUCUUUCAUUUCUUCCACAUUCGUCUUACCUUCCAAGCUCAAAAAGGCUUGCUUUUUAAUGUUGCAGUAUUAAGAAAAAAAGAGAAGCUUUGUAGUUGAAUUCUUCAAUGGAUUCUUUUACUGCAUCUUAAUUCCCAAAACUUCCACUGUUUUAUUUCUUGGUUAAUCAAAGAAAGAUAAUUGUCACUUGUUGCUGUUUUUAGGAGGAAAGUUAAGGUUCCAUAUUUUUUUGGGUCACCUAUGGCUUCUGCUUCUGUUCUGUUUGCAGCCACUGGUUUGGGUUCAAUGGUUCGGGUCAAGUCUACAAGGCUCUUUGUGAAGUCUUCUUUGGAUACCAAUGUUUCCGAUAUGAGUGUUAAUGCUCCAAAGGGAUUGUUUCCACCUGAACCUGAACAUUAUAGAGGACCAAAGCUGAAGGUGGCUAUUAUUGGAGCUGGUCUUGCUGGCAUGUCAACAGCUGUUGAGCUAUUGGAUCAAGGCCAUGAGGUUGAUAUAUUCGAGUCUAGGCCUUUCAUUGGAGGCAAAGUAGGUUCUUUUGUUGAUAGAAAAGGAAACCACAUUGAGAUGGGGCUGCAUGUUUUUUUUGGUUGCUACAACAAUCUAUUCCGGUUGAUGAAAAAGGUGGGUGCAGAUCAAAAUCUACUUGUGAAGGAUCAUACUCACACAUUUGUAAACAAAGGGGGUGAAAUUGGUGAACUUGAUUUUAGAUUUCCAGUUGGAGCUCCCAUCCAUGGAAUUAGUGCCUUUUUAUCUACAAAUCAACUGAAGACGUAUGAUAAAGCAAGAAAUGCCGUGGCACUUGCCCUAAGUCCAGUUGUGAAGGCUCUUGUCGAUCCAGAUGGAGCGAUGAGGGAUAUAAGAGAUUUGGAUAGUAUAAGCUUCUCUGAUUGGUUUUUGUCUAAAGGUGGUACACGCAUGAGUAUCCAGAGAAUGUGGGAUCCUGUUGCUUAUGCCUUGGGUUUUAUCGACUGUGAUAACAUAAGUGCUCGUUGCAUGCUCACUAUUUUCUCAUUGUUUGCCACCAAGACAGAGGCUUCCCUUCUGCGAAUGCUGAAGGGUUCUCCGGAUGUUUACUUGAGUGGUCCCAUCAGAAAUUAUAUCACAGAAAGAGGAGGCAGGUUCCAUAUGAGGUGGGGAUGCAGAGAGAUACUUUACGAUAAAUCCGCUGAUGGAGAGAUAUAUGUCACGGGACUUGCCAUGUCUAAAGCUACAAACCAGAAAAUUGUAAAAGCUGAUGCUUACGUUGCUGCAUGUGAUGUCCCCGGAAUAAAAAGGUUGCUUCCAUCAGACUGGAGGGAAUUGCAAUUUUUUAAUAACAUUUACGAGUUAGUAGGAGUGCCGGUCGUUACUGUGCAACUUAGAUACAAUGGCUGGGUGACAGAGUUGCGGGAUCUGGAGCAGUCAAGGCAACUGAGGCAAGCUGUCGGCCUUGAUAAUCUCCUGUACACUCCGGAUGCAGAUUUCUCCUGCUUUGCAGACUUAGCUCUCACUUCUCCAGAAGAUUACUACAUUGAGGGACAAGGUUCAUUGCUCCAAUGUGUCUUGACACCAGGUGACCCUUACAUGCCAUUGCCAAAUGAUGAAAUCAUAAAGAGAGUAGCGAAGCAGGUUUUGGCUUUAUUCCCAUCAUCCCGAGGUUUAGAAAUUACUUGGUCAUCUGUUGUCAAAAUCGGGCAAUCUCUAUAUCGCGAAGGACCUGGAAAAGAUCCAUUCAGACCUGAUCAGAAGACACCAAUAAAGAACUUCUUUCUUGCUGGAUCUUAUACAAAGCAGGAUUAUAUAGAUAGUAUGGAAGGAGCAACUUUGUCUGGCAGGCAAGCAUCAGCCUACAUAUGUCAUGCUGGGGAAGAGUUACUCGCCCUGCAAAAGAAGCUUGCUGCAAUUGAAUGUCAUCAACAGUUGGAAACUUCAAGUUCUUCUGAUGAAUUAAGCCUUGUAUAAAUAGUUCAUUUAUAUACACACUCGUAUACAUUUAUUGUAACAUUUAUGUAACCAAAGCUACUAGAAAAAUAUAGAAAAAAAUGACUCCUAUCUCAUA